AUGUCCCACACCGUAGCUCACGGCCCUUCAACAUCGGCGCCCAGCGAUGGAUCGCGCACCCUCGUUCUCCACGAUACUCAGCCUGAAAGCUCUCGACAUGAUUCUAACGGCAACGGUCAUGAUGUCGGACCCCUGCGCCUUCGAGGAGCUCAUCGCAACCAGCAAAGAGUCUCGUGGGAGGAAGACGUGAUUGAUAAUGAAGGGAUGGGCAAGAAGAAGACGAAGAUAUGCUGUAUCUACCACAGGCCGAAGCAAUUCGACGAGUCGUCAGACGAAGAUUCUUCCGAUUCGGACUCGGACUCGGGCUCGGACUCUGGGCCUUGCCGCACUUCUCACCACCGUCACGGCCAUCACCAUCACGGACACAGAACACCACCGCAUGCACCAUCGCAUGGCAAUGGUCUGCGUAUGAAGGAUUCUGAAAACGGGGGUGUCAUUCAUGAGCUGGAAGAUGGUGACGAUCGAAACGCCUACGAAUCCAUGCCCUCGAAAAAAGGCAAAGGAAAACACAUACCGUAUUGA